CCCGCCUCCAAUUAAAAUCCGGUCUCGGCCAGACGCCUCACCGCGUUCUCGGUUCUGAUUUUGGGCGCCGGCGAAGGAGGCGGUGGCGCGGCCGAGGUUUUAAAAGUCCAAGCGGGGAGCCUGCGCUCCUACCCUAUGUUACUUCCUGGCUUGGAUCAGCCCAGUGUGAGGUCACAAGGAGAUUGAUGUCUUUAAGAUACAGACUCCGGACAUUCUCUGCUCCCAGAAUUGCAUGCUCUGACUUUCUGACUUCACGUUAUCAAAAAGCACAAUGGAGGCUUCCUUGGUAUUCAUGUUGCUCUUGGCUUGCACAGCAGGUGCUAAGUUUCACUUUGCUUCCUAUUAUGCUGAUCACAUGGUACUCCAGAAGGAACCAUCUCAUGCAAUCAUAUGGGGCUUUGGAGAUCCUGGUUCUAAGGUGAUGCUGACACUCUCCCAGAAUCAUAGUGUUGCGACCAAAAUGGUACAGAUUGAAGAAAAUUCGGAGACUUGGAAAAUUAUGCUGGAUCCUGUGGCCCAAGGAGGCCCUUAUACUAUAGAGGUACACCAGUACAUCAAGGAAGAAGUGUCCAAUUUGUCAUUAAAAGAUAUCUACUUUGGAGAUGUUUGGAUUUGCAGUGGACAGAGUAACAUGGAGAUGACUGUUUCACAGAUAUUCAAUGCUAGCAAGGAGAUGGAAGAUGCAUCCAAGUAUCCCCUUGUGCGGAUAUUUUCCACUGCCCUUAUUCAGUCAGAAGUGGAACUGCAGGACCUUGGAGGCAUCAACUUGCAGUGGUCCAUUCCAACAGCCAGAAACCUGGGCCAUGGAGACUUCAGCUACUUUUCUGCAGUAUGUUGGCUGUUUGGCCAGUAUUUGUUCGAGAAACUCAAGUACCCCAUAGGGUUGAUAGAUACCUCCUGGGGAGGGACUCCAGUUGAGGCCUGGUCCUCCAAGAAGGCCUUGAAUGAAUGUGGUCUGUUAGAGUAUAUUGAAAGAAGUCCUCCCUCGUACCUCGAUGCUGGUCCCCGAGAAGCAUCCGUGCUGUGGAAUGCAAUGAUUCACCCUUUCGUCAACAUGACCAUCCAAGGAGUUAUAUGGUAUCAAGGGGAAGCCAACACUCUUAUGAACACUGAUAUGUACAAUUGCACCUUCCCUGCACUCAUUGACGAUUGGCGAAAAGCCUUUCAUGAAGGAUCCGAUGGUCAAACCAAUAAGCAGUUUCCCUUUGGUUUCGUUCAGUUAUGUACAGUUCAGCACGUGCAGAUAAACAAGUUUCCACGUAUUCGGUGGCAUCAAACUGCAGACUACGGCUAUGUCCCUAAUAAGAGAAUGUCUAAUACUUUCAUGGCUGUUACGAUAGAUCUUGGUGAUAACGAAUCUCCUUAUGGCAGCAUCCACCCCCGGGAUAAGCGGACUGUGGCCUACAGGUUGCAUCUUGGAGCACUGGCAGUGGCUUAUGGGGAGAAAAGUAUAAUCUUCCAGGGACCCUAUCCUCAGAAAGUGCAAGUGAAUGAAACUCAUAGGCUUCUUAAUAUCACCUUUGAGCAAUGUGUUCAGUUGCGUCACAUGGACAACAAGACUUUUGAGGUGUGUUGCCCUAAUCAGGGAACGUGCAAUUGGAAACCCGCAUCCAUUGUGUCAUCCUCUUCCUACUCGGUAAUCCUACAGAACCCAACCUGUUCAGAUGGCAUAAAGGGCUUGCGCUACGCCUGGUCUGAAUGGCCUUGUGAAUACAAACAGUGUCCCAUUUACAAUCUACAGGACUUGCCUGCCCCUCCCUUCAUUACAUUUUCCCAAAAUAACCCUGCAUGGAUUUUGCUGUGAGUGAGCUGAGAGUGAAAAGAGGAAUCAGCAGCUUAUUUUGCAGGCGGAAAAAAAAGUGUGGCGCACACAGCUAUGGCUUACUUUUCUUAAAGCAGUAAACCUCUCCGGUUGAUGACUGCAGAGAAGAAUUUUAAAAUGAGCAACCCAGCUACUUACUUGCCAGAAAGGUCAUAGUAGGGAGGGUGGAUCAGAUGUUGGUGAUUCUUAUUCUUGCUACCUGCCUGAGGUGCCGUAAUAACCGGAAUUACUUUGUAAGUACUUCACUAGAAAUCACACCACUUCUAAAACAAUCCCUGGUUACCUGCACACAACCAAGAGAGCCAGGAUUCUGAAUGACGAGGCAUAAUGGGUGAUCAAUAAAAGAUUCCUCUGGGAACAUUGACGUUCCAGUGCAUGUUUAAACGUAAGUCUUUCUGAAUUUAGCAGGCCAAGCUCCCAAGUACAGAUACGAGUUGGACGGGCCAGUUGUAAGAUGCCGUACUGGUCCAGCCAUUUGCUCUUCUCUUGUCUCCAGCUGAUCUGCAGAGGAGUGUUAUCAGGAAAGCAGGGAACAAACACUCCACAUUCUCCCCCUCCCACUCUCCUAGGCAACUAAAGCAAGAGUAAGCCUAAUACAAGCCACAGCUUUAUGCUAAAAGGAAUGGCCGAGCUAUGGCAUUCCAGAUGUUGCUGGAUGUCAAUCCUUGGCAAGGCAAUAUCUAGACUGUGUAUCUUGUCCCUGAAGUGAAUUACUAUUGACCUUCAGAUUAAAAUAAGGGUCUUGGGCUUCAUUGUAUUCCAGAUCUAUGUUAUGUGGUACUGCCACUUGCAGCAAAUUAUUCUUGCAGCAAAAAAACCCCAAAACCUUUUCAAAUAAGAAAUGUUACAUUAAAAGCACAAUAUCGUUUUACAAAAAUAAGAACAUAGAACAUAUAUUUCUUUUUUCAAGCAAAAUCCCUGGCUUAAGCCAAAAGCCAGGGAGGUUUUUCCUAUGUUGGACUUGGAUCAACUUGUUUUCCUCACUUGUGUAUGUAUGUUGUAUGUUUGUCUUAGAAGAACAACCUGCCAAACAGGGAUUGAUCUGGUUGUGUUAAACCAAAGUAGAAAAUGGGAAACAAUUGAUUUAUAGAGCUGUGAAUCAGAGUGAAUCAGUUCCCUGGAUUAGAGUGAUGUGCUGUCUGUUGGGCAUAGUGUUUAGACGAGAGGUCUCCAAACUUGCCAACUUUUAAGACUUGUGGACUUCAACUCCCAGAAUUCUCCAGACAGACAGUCAAAUGACUGAGAUUUCCCAGUAAUGUAUAAGAAACAAUAAUAAUGGAUUGAUCUGUGUUAAAUAACACAGACUUGUGGGUAAGAGAUUUAUCAUGUACUAGAUUUAUUUCGGCUAGAGGAUUCCAGAUGGUAGAGAUUGUUUGACUUUGCUCUUCGUAAAUUAACUUCUGGCAUUGGGUUGUGGAAUAUAGAUGGGUAAAUCUGUCACCUUCAGUGUGUUGUGGAUUCUUUGUUUCAUUGAUUUAACAAUUUCAAAUGUCCCAUUUCCAUGUUAGGUAUUUUUUUAAAGCUGGAAUCAAAAUUGGUAUUUUAUUUUUAAAUGUGUGCAGUCAUGUUGCAAUUCGAGCUAAAGUGUGUAUUUCUGCACAGUAAUUGUUUUUUCCCCCUAAUAACUGGUGUUUUCGCUAAUACUGGUUUGGUACACUUUCCCCUUUUUAUAAAUCAAUGAGCUCUGCAAAAUUCAGAGAAGUUGAUACUUCAAAGAAGAAGUAAGUUUCAGCUUUUCUCUUGAUCUGACAAUGCAGAAUCAAGUUCAUAAUUAAAUAUGGACCAGGUGACUUCUCCAUCCAUCCUUACUGUGGAACAUCUGUCACUCCUGGAUUGAUCAUCUUGUCCUUUAUGUGGCCAAGUAAGAUUGACAAGGGUGGGCUGAAUGUAGACGGAGGUAUACUUCAGAUUAGCUGUAGGAGGGGUUUCCGAAAUCCAUGAUUUAGAUGGGCUGUUUCCUAAAUUAGGGAGCAAGUAGGAGGUGUGUCUGUGAGAAUGUCAGUUGUGAUUCUGAAAACAAAUCCUUGGGUGGAACAUUCGUUUAAAAUGUUUUGCAGUGCUGUGCCUAUAUUUUUGAACCCUUGUAUGGCUCUUUUCUUUGUUUAACAAAUUUUAAGAGUUGGAAUGAAAAAGCAGUGUUAACAUUUCCUAUAAUUACAUGGCUGUUUGAGACAGCCAGGGCAAAUAUGGCAAUUUAACUGCAAAUGAAAGGAUAUGGAGUGUUUGCAUGUAAUAUCCAUUCUUUUUUAAAAUCAAGUUAUGCUUAAUUUAAUGGAAAGUUUUACCCUAGAUAAAAAAUACCUACUUUGAAAUGAAAUCUGCAGACAACGGCAAGAUAUAUAUGUUUGUCUACAUAAUCAUUCUUUAAAAAUGAAUCUGCAAGCCUCCGGCAGGCGUCUCAGAUUAAUCCCCAAAUUUCUAUGCAGAACAACUUCCAAGGGAAAAAAUUAUUCAUCAUUUGCAUUCAUUCAUUCAAAAGUAUGCAGUUAUUCAGCACAGACGUAUGUGUAAGUUAAUAUGCAAGGAGUGAUUAUUUUCUAUCCAAAAGAGCAUGGAUAUUUGCCUAGCAGUUAGAAUCACAUUAUAUGGAAGAUUCUAGUCACUUGUCCCAAACCUUCUAAUAAUUUGUGUGUAUCUGGAAUUAAAUUCCAAACACUGUACAGGUAGUCCUUGAUUUACAGCAGUUCGUUUAGUGACCUUUCAAUGUUAACAAUGGUACUGAAAAAAGGGACUUAAGACAUUUUUCACACUUAACAACCAUUGCAGCUUCCCAUGGUUACAUGAUCAACAUUCAGACGCUUGGCAACUGACUCAUAUUUUUUGACGGUUGCAGUGUCCCAGGAUCAUGUGAUCCACUUUUGCGACCGUCUGACAAGCAAAGUCAAUGGGGAAGCCAGAUUCACUUAACAAAGGUGUCGCUUAACAAUUGCAGUGAUUCACUUAACUGUGGCAAGAAAAGUUGUAAAAUGAGGCAAAAUUCAUUUAACAACUGCCUCACUUAGCAACAAGACUCAAUUGUGGUCGUAACUUGAGGACUACCUCUUAUGGAUUUAAGAGUAAACUGGAGCAGGGCCUACAUUUGAUAAAAUCUUUACAAGUGUACAGAAAGAGCCAGACAAAAAUUCUUGGUUUACAAUUGCUCCUCUUUCACAGUUCUAGAAAUUUAUGGGUGUUUGGAUUUCUGUUUGUUUGCAUAGGUAAAUAUUUUGGAUAAUGAUCCUGUAUGAUGUAAAAUGAAUGAGUUAUACUUGCAUGUUGUGCCAAUUGGUAUUCUUUUGUUGUUGAGGAAAUCAUCUGAAAUAGCAAAGUGGAAGUAUGAUUUCCACCCAUGAUUAAAAAUUACAAAUUGUC